GUAGCGAAACCGUGCUGAAGCAAACCACGAGUACAUGUCAUUGGCAGAACGAAUGAAGUUGUUCGAACAGGCAGCUCAGGCUGCGAGUGUUGGCACGCCAAUCAAGACGCAAGGAGUGAAAAGAAACUGGGGGGUCACUCGGGGGCCCUCCGUUGCGGACACGAUCAAGCAGAUCUCUGCUAACGAUCCCAGCCUCGUCCACGUUGACCUGAGCAAUGCAGCAGCCUUCCAGUGCAAGCCCGAGGAAUACGCCCAUCAACUUGCCUCUGCUUUGAAGAACAACAAGCAUGUCAAGGAGCUCAAGCUUGAGAAUUGCAGUAUUGGAGACAAAGAAGCAGAAAUCCUUGCCGAGAGCCUAAUGAGCAACACAUGUAUACAACAUCUCGAUCUGCAGAAGAACCACAUAAACAAUGACGGAGGCUCUGCGUUGGCCAAAGGACUCAGUCGCAACAGAAGUCUGUUAUCCAUCGAUCUGAUGAGUCAAGGAAAGACAAGAUGGGGCGACAAGACUCUCGAUGACUUCUUGGAGAUGUUUCAGCACAACAUCACGCUGCUCAAGAUCAACUGGAGACUGGAGUCUCGCAAGAGCUUCGCCCUCAACAAGAUGAUCACCCGUAACAACGAGAUCGACCGCCGCCGCAAGCUCAACAUGCACUUCGACGACCUGCUGCCUGCCAGCCUGCGCCCUGCUCCUGCAGACGGGGGGGCAGCAGAGCCUAUCCACCAGCUGCCAGCAGGGAAGGGAGGAGACGAGCCGAUGUUCGACUGCCCGGAGGAAGGGAAGGAGAACUAUCCUGCCCCCAUGCUGCAGUCGAGCCGAGAGCCCUCUCCUGGCAUCCUCGGAGGGAUCCCCUCCUCUCCUGCCUCCCCGAUGACCGCUCCCCUCAACUCGCGACCCCCGUCGCACGACAUGCACACCAAGUCCAUCUCCUCGGAGUCGCUGCACAACAGUGCCAACGGGCCUUUGGGAGGAGUGGCGGGUCAGAUCAACGCGUUCGCUCGCAUCAACGAGCUGAACAGGAUGUCAAAGCCGCCGAUGCGCCCAGAGCAUGAGCAUCGCGCGAUCGCGGCUGGUCCGCUCCCAGGGGUACCCAAGGUCAAGAGGGCGAGCCCGUCGGUGCUUGCCCGAUGGCCUCCCGCGCAGUUCCAGGAGUAGGAGAGGAGGGAGGAGGAGAAACAAGUUAUUUACCCGUCAGUGAGAUAAGAUUUGGAGAGCUGAUGAUUGAUGUAUCAAUUUAUUAAUGAACUAAUUCAUCCUU